AUGGACGAUUCGAACGAGCAUAAAGAAAAUGCCUCACCGUCGUCUCUGAAGGCGAAAAUCAAAUCUUCUCUGUGUUUGUCCUGCUGCCUUCGUAGGCACCGGAACGGCCACCACCACCUUCAACGCCACCAACACCAACGGCGGAUGUCGUUUUCCUCUGAUGGAGAUGUGCCUAGUCCGCUCACGAGGUGUUCCUCUGCCAAGGAUAAAUCCAGAUCUCGCGAGAGUCCUGAGUCUAAGGCCGAUUGGCGUCCGCAUUUCAUUUCGCGACUUGGCCGCCAUUCUCGUCGUCACUCUUCUGCUUCCGUCGAUUUUCACUACGAUGCGCUUAGUUAUGCGCUUAAUUUUGAUGAAGGAUACGAUGAAGGACAUGUUGAUGAUGCGUUUCCGCUCAGAAAUUUCUCCUCUAGGUUACCGGCUUCUCCGCCGAAAUCAGCGCCGUCUUCCUCGGAAACGUCGAGGGAGAUGACCACGGCGUAUAGCUAA